AUGCUUGCAGGCACCAGGCUGUUUGCUUUGAUUCUGGCAUUUCUGCACUAUGUUAUUGGUCAGGCAAACGUAAACACUUUGCCCGCUUGUUGGGAGAAUGUGGAUUACGUUAGGACAGUGGAUGUUAGCAGAACCUAUUUGCAAGAAACAGUACAGUUACACAUCAAGAACGUUGACGAAAAACCGAAUGAUCAGUAUUACUUUGCUCUUCCGGAAGAGAAUUUUGAGACUGUUGCGUUGUUCUCUGCAAAGUUGAAAAAAGCAGAUGUGUUUCUGCAUAGCGCCAUACUAUCUGAUCAAACGUUUUUCGUGAAUGGAAAGCCCAUCAAGGCCGGCAUCGUGAAAUUGCCCUCACCAAUUGAGCCUGGCAAGGAUACCUUCAUAGUGAUUGAUUUAGUUUACAAGAGUAGUGCUCAGCCAUUUCCGGGGCAUUUAAAACUUGGUGAAACCCAACGCCUACUUUUAAGCACCGCCAAGUAUCCCACCUCAGCCUAUCCAAUCGAAAGCUAUACUCUCAAGUUCAUAGGAAGCUCUUCCUUUGAAGAAGUUAAAAAGGUUGGUGGUGAUGAGGCAAGUUGUAGCAACGUAAAUGACGAAUUUAUUUGCGGCACGUACAGCUCCUUGGAAGUUCACAGAGAAGAGGACUCGAUCAGCGUUUUGUUUGAUCACAAUUUACCACUUCCCAGGGUAUCAACACUUAACCGUGAUAUCUGGGCGUCUCAUUGGGCCUCUACACUCCAGUUUGAAGAAUACUACGAACUGAUCAAUGACGCUGCACCACUCAAGGAAGGAUUUUCCAGAGCCGAUUACAUGAAAGGUCAGCAUGCUUUCAAACCAAGUGGGCACUUGACUGCGCUUGAGAUGGCUUUGCCUCCUCAAUCCGAGGACCACUACUUUACAGACUUGGUCGGCGCUGUGUCUACUUUCAAGUUCCUUCAAGGUCAUUUAUUUCUCAAGCCAAGAUAUCCUAUUUUUGGGGAUUGGAAGUACAAUUUUACGAUAGGUUGGACAAAUGCUCUUUCGCAGUUUUUGCGCGUCGAAAGUGGACUGGACGAUACCUUCCUACUUUCCGUGCCCGCUCUGAAUGGACCAGACAACACAUUUUACGACAGCGUAAAUCUUUCAAUUUAUUUGCCCGAAGGCGCAGAAGUCGUGGAUGUCUGGUGUCCCCUACCCACAGAUUCAACAAAGAUCACCACAAAGCACUCGUUCUUCGAUUUGGGUCAAGGACAUACUAAAGUUGCGAUUGAGUUGAAGAAUUUGGUUGAUACCGUCUCUGAUAGCGAGGUAUUCGUCAGGUACAAAUUUUCCAACAGUUCGCUGUAUAAAAAACCCUUUUCCAUCGCGACAGCCAUCUUUGUUGCCUCAAUGGCGUACUUUUUCUUGAAGCACACCACUUUUUUGAUAGAGCAAUGA